AGUUGUAAAGUACAGCACGUGUCAAUGGAUUAGUGAAAUCGUCAGUCAAAACGGAUUAGAGUGGUAUCAGAGGAAAGAAAAUGUAUUGUGGUGUAAACAAUCUUAAUAGCAAUAGGUCAAAAUAUUAAAUUUACCAUAAAUUGGGGAAUAUUGAAAAUAGUUAUUAAAAUAUAUUUCAAAGGACAUGUUUUAGAAUAGUCAAUUAGUGAAAAGUGACAAGUGUCUUAAGAGUAAGAUGUCAGCCAACACAUUGAGCCCCCUAAGUAGGGGCUAUGGGUCUUGGACGGCAGGAUAUGUGGACCCUUACUUUGGAGAUAAACAACAUGAACAUGAACAUGAGACCCUUUUACCGGACAUCGACCAUCAGUCUCACGUGCAUGGCAUCACUGUUGGGUCACGCUCGGGCCGCUCAACCGCCAUGUCCUACGCCCCAACCCGCCGGAGCCGAGAACCUACCAGUGAUGGGAUUCCGCUUCCACGAACCUUGACGACCCGCAAGGGGGCACUGCAGAUCUAUGUGGCCCCGGAUGACCUUGAAGAUAUUGAGGGGGUGGGACUGGCGGGGGAUGGGGAUGGUCUUGAACUGAGGCCCAAGUAUGUGCAGGUCCGCCACCCACAUGGGAAGGAGCUCAUUGACCUCAGUCUCAAACUGGGCACAAUGGAACGUCUCGCACUCUCGGUCCUGCAGUUUGGGGAUCAGGAGUACGACCAUGAACACACAAGUGUUUCCGAUGCAAAGAACAAGUCAUUUCUCAAAUUUCUACGCAGCAUUGACGGUGAGAUGCCCAAAAAGUCUAGCGUGGAUGCUCAUUUGCGACCAGGCGGCGACCUAAAUGCCUACCUGCGUGACCUACAGUCAAGCGCUAGUUCGCGUCACCCAAGUGAUGGAAGCACGUACCUGCCAAAGAGCCGGGAAUCUGCUGAGCUGCAGGCGUUACUGCGGGGACUGGACACAUCCGGAUGGCCCCAUACGUACGGACAAGAUGGCUCCAUAGGGGGACACGGGGGACAGUUCACCAGGCCGGUCUCCCGUGUUUCCUCUCGUGGGGGAACUUCUCCGGGUCCCCCCUCCACCCCUCGUUCGUCAUACCAAGUCUUGUCGGCAAAGAAACUUGUGUCCUCUAUCAAGUCGGGCGGCUACCUCGGGCGACCAGGAUCAUCUUUUUCAGCAAACGAUGAUGAGAUUAACACUGGGGAUUCUCCCCAGCAUGUCUCAUCAGCCUCAGUCAGUCACCGUGAAUGGACGCCAACUGACUCCACAGACAAUCAGCUGCUAGACGCCAGACACAGCUUCUUCUGUGGACUAGAGGAGGGUGAUAGUGACAGUGAUGGGAAAAAACGUAUGGGUCCUAGGGAGAUUUCUUUUAACUCGGGCUUAUAUCCAGGUAGACUUGCACGUAAAGGUGAAGGUCAGGGGAGUGGACUUGAGGUCAAGGUCACUGGCAAGGGUGAAAGUGAUACAAGGAGUCAAGGUCAUAGGUCAUCACAGAUGUAUCAGAUUGAGGAGGAGCAGAAUAUUGACAGUGUGAGAAACAACACAGGGGAGGAAGAAUCAUUGGUACAAGAUGAAAGUCCUGAUGUGGAAACUGAAAUGUUUGAUACAAACAGCUGGGCAGACAAGGUUUCCCCUGCACAGAAUAGAGCAGGAACUGCACAGUCCUUUGUUACAUCAACAAUUACUGUGCCUGAUGAAGAGACUAGGGUCAUUGAUGUUGAAAUUGAUGAAAAACCAGUCAGCAAUAAUAGAAGAGGAUCUGUUAAACUUUCUUCAAGGCCAUCUAGCUGUAAGUCACGACCAAGUAGUGCAAGAAUUCGACCAGUGAGUGGAAGAUUACGCCCAAGGAGUGGGGAGGCAAGACCAAACAGUGAAAAGUCAUCAAGUUCCUCAAGCAGUUCUUGGGUUAACCAAUCAGGAUCACGUCGAGUCAGUGUCAUCUCACUACAGAGGUUCAAGCCAGUGGAAAAGCCCCAAGAGGAGUCUCGGUCUAACAUGGCAAUCAAAAGAGGUUCCAUUAGUUAUGACCUUGGCAAAGAAAGGAGGAAGAGUCUUAAUGAACGGAGAAGAUCUUCCCCAGAGCAUGCCAUACAGAGUCAACAGAUGGAAGUUCUGAAGACACUUGAAAAUGUUCCAACUGUAGAAGAAAUGGGAGAAACAGUAGACAUGGACAUGGAUUUAAGAGUUACAGAUGAAACCCCUUACAUUACAGAUGGUGUUGAGAAUGGCAUGUCACUAGAAAGAGAUGAAGAAAAGAUAUCUGUAGCUCGAUCAGAGUCCAGAGAGUCGGGAAUAGAGGAAAUGGAUGAUGAACUUAUUGCUGAAGAGGAUAUUAUUAAUGACAUUCAUGAAUGUAACAAGGAAAUCCAGAAGAUUGAAGCAUUGGCAGAUAAAGCAAAAGAAGAAGUUGCUGUAGAUGAAGCUCCUGUGUAUGAGCAUUCAGAUUCUGAAUCAUCAAUGGAUGAAGAAACAGUACAGGAAGUACUUAUCAUUAAUUCAGAGGUGAGAAGUAAAACAGAGAAAGGAGUGAAGGAAGAGUUUGUGGAGGAGUCAACUGAUAACAUCAAUGUAUGUGGUAGUGGUAUUGAUGUUGGUGCUGAUGUUGGUGAUGGUCUUGGUGUUGGUGGUGGUGUUGGAGAUGAUGUUGUUGGUAUGGAAGAUGUUGAUAAUAAGCAGAUGGGAUUGGAGCAGGAGUAUGAAGGGCAAAGUCAAGGUCUCAGUGAAGGUGAAGGUGAGGAGGAAGUUGAUGAGGAGAGGCUGUCUGAGAUUCGCUCAUACAAAUCAAGCAAAAAAGGUCGGUCAUGGAAGUCUGUGUCAGGUGUUGAAGAAUCAGAGGAUUACAUAGAUGAAGAGAGCCGCAAUUCUUCUGGCAGUCUUGUGUACAAACUGCCGACACUGGGCUCUGACCUUCUGGCCGAACAGAAAGAUGAUAGUAGUGAUGACUUAGAUCGAACCAUGCUUGAGACCCAGGCAGGUUUUAGUGGCACGUCUGGCUCAUACUCCGACCUUCUGGCGUCCAACCUCAACUCUCUCUCAGCUCACUCUUCAAGGCACACUUCUGCUGGAGUAUCAGGGCCAUCUUCAGUUGGUCGUUCACCAUUUGCUUCUAGACCAGUAUCGGCUAACACAUCGAUGGAUCAGGAGAAUCAGUACCAGUCUACCUUGCAACCACUCUCGGCUGAUGUUACACCCAUGUUUCUUUCAAGACCAGCCACAGCUGCAUCAUCCAGAAAGGCAUCACAGGUGUCAUCUAGACCUGAAUCAGCUAAACUGUCUUCUCCAAUUCCCAUGACUUCCAUUAUCUCUAGACAUGAUUCAAAUGGUUCUGUUGAUGACAUAAAUGAAUAUAUAGCUAAUGAUGCUGAUGUUGUUGAUCAGAGUGUGGACAAUAUUGAAGUUAGAAUGAUACAGGAAACUGACAGUCAUUCUGGUAUGGAACAUAAAGAAAAGGAUGAGCAUUUAGAUAUAGACUGUGUUCAAGAAACUAAUAACAAAAUAGAUGUUGAUGAAACAAAUGAGGAAGCAGAACAAUCUAACACACACAUGGGUAGGGAUGAAAGCGCAACUGUAUUAGAAGAUUCUAGUGAACAAACUGUUAACAAUAUUCAAACAUCAAAAAAGAUAGCUGAUGUUCCAGAUUCGAAGGUGCUUAUUUCUAACAUUGAAAAAAAACAAGGUGCUACAACAACACCAAGUGAAAUGCAAACAGUCUCACCAGCAGCUAAACAACUAACAACAGCAGCAGUUAGACGACCAUUGGUUCAAAAACCAAAUAAUGUUGCACAACAUAAACCAGCACUUGCACAUAAGAACAAGACUGUUCAGCAAUCAAAAGUUGUAAAGGGUAUGCCUUCACAGAAAGGAAGGAAAGAAAGUGUUGGAAACCAUGGUGCUAAACCAGUGGCCAUCAGUGGAAAGUCAGAGCUAAGGGAGACAACUCUUCAUGGAGAAUCUGAGGAAGUAACUGUCCAUGGAAAAUCGAACCUUGGAAAGGAAGGUGUUUCCAAAAAGGGCUUGGGGGAGGGGCCCAAAGGGGCGCAGGGUGAAGUAGAUACGGUGGAGGCUUCUCUAGGUGACUGGGAACAUGAUAGCAAGCUUUUAGAUGACCAAUUGGAAGAUGCCCACAAUAUUGCCGCUGAACUGGACACCUUGGGGCUGAGAAAAACAGCUGAAAAGCCAAAGAAGGGAAAGAAGGAAGGAUAUACCUUCCCACUAGCUACGGGUCGACGGCCAAAAGCCCCGCAAGAGAAAGCAAAGAUUCCAGACCACCUUGCGGAUGCACUGAGUCGACGACCAGGAACCUCGUACUCUAAACUGGAGGAGGACCUCGAGAAAAAGGGUUUCUUAAGAGACGGAAAAGUGACAUCACUUGUAGGUGAGACAUUGUCUGGACCAACGUUAGAGGCCGUGGGAGAGGGACUGACAGAAGAGGAACUGGAGAUGGCCAAACUCAUCCUGCAGCAAAAACUAGACGAAGCAAAGGGCAUGAUAUCAGGAGAAAGUAAAGAGAAGACGGGAAAAGCUGUGGUAAAGAAGAAAGCUCCCUCUGGAAAAGGCGGGAAGAAGGGAGGGAAAAAGAAGGGCGGGGCAGACCUGGAGGAGAAAAGUUCAGAAGAGCUUGAAAGGGAGGCAAUCCGGGCUAAACAUGCUGAGGAAAAAGAACUUCGAGAUGAGGAGGCGGCAAAUCUCCAACGGCAGAUUGCUGAGAAACGGCACAUGCUGGAGACCCAGAGCAACCUGACAGCUGAGAAAUCUAAGGAGCUGCAGGAGAAGAUGGCAGAGUUGGAGCGUCAGGCGGAAGACCUGAUGAGAGCAGAGGAUGAAGCUCGGACCAUAUUGGCCGAGGUGCGCCGAAAACAACGUGAGGAACGAGAUGCACGCAGGAAGGCUGACCUUGAGCGUAAGCGCCAGGAGGCUCAGGAUCGGCGGGAGCGUGAGAAACGCGAGGCGGAGGAGAAGGCCAGUCGGGAGAGAGAGAUGAUUGAGAAGAUGCAAGAUGUCGAGAUGAGAAAACUGAAAAGGGAGGAAGAGGAGCGAAGGGCUGCGGAGGAGGAGCGUCUUGCACAGGAGAGAUAUGAGGCUGAGCUUGCAGAGAAUGCAAGGUUGGAGGAGGAGCAAGAGGAUCGUAUGAAGGAGCUUGAGAGGCAGGCAGAGGAAGAGGCAAUGAUGCGCCUUGUGGAGGAGAGGGAGGCGGCUGAGAGGGAGAGGAGGCGGCUCAGAGAACAAGAAGAGGCUCUACAGGAACAUGAGCGCCUAAAAAUGGAAGCAUUGGCUGAGGAGCAGUAUAAACUUGAGGCCGAGAGGAGGCGACUUGAGGACGCAGAGCAAGCUAAACGUGACACAGAGCGACAGAGACUUAUGGAGCUGCGUAAUCUGGAGGAGGAGGCCCGUUUACAGAUGCAGGAGGAGAUUGAGCGGCGCCGGACUGAUGCUUUCACCCGAAGAGACUUUAAUCUGGAGAACCGCUCACAUGUUGACCGCCUUAAACACAACCAGGGUCUCACACGUGCAUGGACUUUCUCAUAUUUUGUGCACUGGCCAAGGGAGACAUAUGAGAGUUCUGUAAGACCGAAACUAGACAGGAAAAAAAUGGCCAAUCGGCGAUCCAGAUCCCCGAAAAGUCGUGAAAAUAAAGAACCCAAUGCCAAAGAAGGUGGACCCAUCCACUGAGGAGGAGCAGGCAGCAUUGGCUCCUCCCAACCCUACAUAGAUGAUACACUCACCCAUUGUGGGACGGUCCAAACCAGUCAAUUACUGUUUAAUUCCAUUAGCUCUUAAUUGACUCUAAAAACAAGAAAAAUGGUCAAAGAAUUACAUGUUAUACAGUUGUUGGUUUUGCUAUUAACACCACAGCCAUCAAAAUUAGAGUUUGGACCAGUAAAAUUAAACCAUUCUGCGAAAAUUAUUACAAAUCAGGAUUUUGAAAACUGCAUUCACAUUAUACAUUUUUUACAUGUUACUGGCCUUGCUGGGACUUUCUUGUGUUUAUGACUCCGAUAUAGUUGGAUUCAUUAUCAACAUUUUUGCUAUAAAAAUUUGGUCUAUCUUAUUAAAUUUAUUUAUUUGAUGAACUUUUAUUACAAAAUGAUAGUCAUUUGAGCUACCAUAAAUAAUAUGCUUACGAAUUGAUCAAAGACAAAAGAAUAAUCGCUGGUCCAAGAACUAACCCUUACGGAUUAUUCAUAAAAUGUAGCUUAAGUAGUUUCAUAACAAAUUCUCAAAUUAAUCCUUUGUUUACAACAUAUACGAGUAUGAAUUUUGAUGAGUCCAUGACAUUAAAGUGUUUUUGAAGUUACCAAAAAAUUAUAUCAUAAUUAUGACAAAUUAGAACCUUUUAUAUUAGGAAACUUAACUUGAGAUGUUUAAUGAACAACAGCCAAGGGCUUAUCUUUCACUCAUUGAGCAUUAUAGACCUACCGAUUUAUUUUUUUGGCCUGGAAAGGACUUUUUAUCUAAGAGGAAAUUCCAGGUGGAGAAAAUUUUCUCUUUUUUUUUACUUUCAGAUGAAAUUUGACACUUGAAAUUGAAAAAAAAAGGCAUUUGACGGUUUCUUAAACAUGGCCAGGUUUCAAAAAAACAUUUUAAACACAGGGCUUUUCAGAUUAUUGACCAUUGCAAUCCUUGCAGAGUUUGAGUUUAAAAGAGUCAUUUUGACACGGCUAAUGAAAGCAAUGGCUAACUGUAUUGGGCAAAGGGGUAAAAUUUGCACAUUACUUGUGAAACUUGAGUGUAUAACUGGUUGUGUUUUAAAACAUUUGUAAUGAGAUUUAAAACCAUCUAGUGUCUUUGAUUAUUUUUAUACAUUGUCAUUGUGCAAUAUACACCAACAUAUGUAUAAUUAAGGGCCACACCCUGCCAGUCAUGAAGCAAUCAAAACUGAAAUCUGCAACAGCAGCUGUUAUUUGGUAUUAAGAUUUAACAAAUGCACCAUGCAUCAUAAUAUAACAAUAUAUGCAGUGUGCCAGUUAGGUGAAAAUAAAGGGAAGGAAUGUGAUAUCUAGGCAUGCAUCAUCUUUUUGAUAUAUUUUUUCUUUAUUUCUCUUUGUUAUUACUUUGUUUAAAACACUUGAAUCUGUAACUGUGAUGUUUAUUACUGUUAUGUUCAUUACUCUGAUGUUCAUUACUGUUAUGUUCAUUACUUUGAUGUUCAUUACUGUUAUGUCCAUUACUUUGAUGUUCAUUACUGUUAUGUUCAUUAGUCUGAUGUUCAUUACUGUUUUGUUCAUUACUUUGAUGUUCAUUACUGUUAUGUUCAUUAGUCUGAUGUUCAUUACUGUUUUGUUCAUUAGUUUGAUGUUCAUUACUUUGAUGUUCAUUAGUCUGAUGUUCAUUACUGUUAUGUUCAUUACUGUUAUGUUCAUUACUUUGAUGUUCAUUACUGUUAUGUCCAUUACUUUGAUGUUCAUUACUGUUAUGUUCAUUAGUCUGAUGUUCAUUACUGUUUUGUUCAUUAGUCUGAUGUUCAUUACUGUUAUGUCCAUUACUUUGAUGUUCAUUACUGUUAUGUUCAUUAGUCUGAUGUUCAUUACUGUUUUGUUCAUUAGUCUGAUGUUCAUUACUGUUUUGUUCAUUAGUCUGAUGUUCAUUACUGUUUUGUUCAUUAGUCUGAUGUUCAUUACUGUUUUGUUCAUUAGUCUGAUGUUCAGAAGUCUGAUGUUCAGAAGUCUGAUGUUCAUUACUGUGAUGUUCAUUACUGUGAUGUUCAUUACUGUGAUGUUUAUUGACUUUAUUUGGAAUUUGUUUUAUAUAUGUGCAAUUUUGUUUUUUUUAAAAAUGUGCAUGUCUGAAGUAUUUCAAGAAUGCUGCAAAAUAUUUAUUUUAAUGUUAAUGAAACUAUUAAGUUAAUGUUUAAUUUCAAGAAUAUAUUUCUUGUGUUGCAUAUGUCAUUGGCAUGAUCAUGUACAUAAAUAAAGAAUGACACAUUCAAACAGCCUAACAUGUAUGUUGUGACUACUUGGAUUAUUUGAUCAUGUGAAUUGAAUGAAAUGAAUGCGACACUAACGCUUUUUACCGAUACCGUUGCGUGUUUUAUUUAUAUAUAGUUGUGCCUUGUUUGUAAUUUGUCUAUGCCUUGUUAUUUAUAUAUAGUUGUGCCCUGUUUGUAAUUUGUCUAUGCCUUGAUAUAUAUAUAUAGUUGUGCCCUGUUUGUAAUUUGUCUAUGCCUUGAUAUAUAUAUAUAGUUGUGCCUUGUUUGUAAAGUGUCUGUGCCUUAUACCUCCGAUCCUUACUUUAUAUCA